AAAAGCUUCAAAGCUUAAUUAAACUGAAAACAUGGCCUCCUCCUCCUCCUCCACUUGUUGGUUUCUAAUCUCAUUGCUUGUCGCCUCACUUAGCAUCGACUCAAGCACCGCAGCUCGCCAUCUUUUAGACACUCCGGCAUCACCAGCAACGCCCACGAUACCUACAAUUCCGACACUGCCAAAGCCAACAUUGCCACCAUUCCCUACAAUUCCUUCACUGCCAAUGCCGACUCUGCCACCAAUGCCAGUGAUUACAUUGCCUAAGCUUGCAACGCCACCAAUGCCUGCAAUUCCAGCAAUCCCGGCAAUUCCUACUGCACUGCCUCCUCUUCCUUCUGUCCAGAUACCUACUAUCCCCUCAAUCCCUUCAGGCAUUCCGAGUAUUCCUGGUGUCCAGAUACCUCCCAUUCCUUUUCUUUCCCCCCCUCCAGCAGCCACUGGGAGUCCAUGAAAGCUUGGUGUCGAUGUAUUUAUGGAAUCCAUUUAGCGUGUGAUGUGUGGUUAUUGAUCUUGUAGGAUUGUAGUGUUUGAUUGUGAUGUGGGGUUCUUAUGGUUUGCGUUUAUACAUUAUGUAGCUUCGUGUAUGAUUCUCUGUAAUACUUCAUUGAUUUGAUUACGAGCUUCCUUAUAUUUGUUAAUAAAUUAAAGUUAUCAUUAUGUUGA